CUUCUUUUAUUUUUUCGCUGCUUCUGCUCAACAUUCGUUGUGUGCUUUGUGAUUGAGUAACGGAAAUCCCACUUUCAAUCAGCCAAUAUGGACAUACCUUCGUCGCACAAAACCAUGUCUGCCGGCAGCGACCACCAGCUGGUCAAGUACAAGACCGGCAAGUACGCCUUCGAGGUCGCCUGCCGCCCCGGCAAUGUGAUGAAGUGGCGCAAGGGCGAGCUCGGCUGGUCGGACGUGCUUCUCGUCGACGUUGUCUUCAAGCAGUUCUCCAAGGGCGAGCGCGCCAACGCCGCUGAUCUUGCAGGUGCGUUUGGCACAGAGGACAACGACGCGUGCCUCAAGGUCAUCUGCGAGAAGGGCCAGGUCGCCGAGACUGCCGCCGAGCGCAAGGAGAAGACAGACAAGCGACGUGCAGAGAUUGUUUCGUACAUCCACAAGUACUAUGUCAACCCCACCAACAACCUCCCGCAUCCAGUGACGCGCAUCGAACUCGCGUUGGGCGAGAUGAAGCCCCGCAUCGAUCCCGAAGUCCCAGCCGACCGCCAGGCCCACGACAUUAUCAAAAAGAUGGUCGAGAUCAUUCCUUUGAAGAAGAUGGAGAUGGAGGGUACUCUGUUCAUCCCCCACAAGCACCUGGGAUCCGCCAUGACGGUCGUGCACAAGUGGGUCCAAAAGAAGGGCGAAACUUACAACGGUGAAGGCUGCACCAUGGAGAUCUCGGUCGUUCCUGGAGACUAUGACUCCUUCAUUGCUGACAUUAACAAGGCCACCAAGGGCGAGUUCCAAUUCGAGGUCUUUGGUGCCAGCGCACUUGCUGCCAACGACGGUGGCGAAGCCGCUGCCAAGAAGGGCAAGGGCAAGGGUCGCGCCAAGUAACUCCCCCUCUGGUUCUCUCCUUCGGGUCUGUUCAACCGUGACAAUUGAGGGUGGUGCAGGGUCAAGGGAUGCCGUUAGGGCUUGUUGAUUCGAGCUCAUUGCUUCCUUCCCCCUAUUUCCAGGCAUUUUGCAAUCAUGCCAAUGCAAUCUUACUACCUUUUUUUUCCCCCACCAUCCUCCCUUUUUCCAAUCUGAGAUUUUUUUGCAUCUUGCCUUUUGUUCUCUAAAGUACAAUUACAAUUUUUACAAAUAGCUGACGUUCUCCCCUCUCUUUAUCGCUCCAACAAUAAUUCUG